AUGAGCUGCGAUCAAUGGGUUAGUAAAUUUGAAAUUCAGCCUUCAAAAAAUAAUGAACUUGAUGAUCACGAAGUGGAUGAAGAUGAAGUGGAUGUAGAAAACAAUUGCCGAUAUGAAUUUGCAGCCUCUCCUCUAGCUGGACGAGUAUCUUACUAUGAAGAUGAUGAAGGGCAGAAGUUAGAAAGAAAUUUAGAUACAUUAAGAGCUUUAACAACAAGAAGGAGUAUAGCGGAUUGUGAAAAUCUCCUCAGAUCAGGCGAUAUACCUUUGAUGACUGGUGAUAAUAAUCAAGGAGGAAGACAUCGUCUACAAGAUCUUAAAUUUGAAUCAGUCGCUGCCCGAACUGUAACUGAAGGCAAAAAGAAAUUUGUGCUCUAUGCCCUAGCUCUGGUUAGGACUGACGAUACAGAUGAGAUACCACCUAUCAUUGAGAGGCGAUAUUCACAGUUUGCAACAUUGCAUAAAGCGUUGUCAUCGAGCCAUCCACAAAUUGUCAAAAAAUUCAAUUUCCCUCGAAAAGUUGCUAUGGGUAACUUCAGCCAAUCAACUAUUAUUAAGCGAAGUACUGCCUUCCAAGAUUACUUAAAUUUAAUUCUGAAAAGCUCUAAUUAUGAUAGGGGAGAUUCAGUGCCAUAUGCAAGUGUACGAUAUACUAAAGCAUUUGAAGAGUUUUUAUAUAUCAGCGAUCUACGUAAAGCAUAUCGAGCAAUUCGAGACUCAGAUUACUCUAGUGCUGCGGAACACUUACGAAUUGGACUUAAUAUACAACUAGCAGUACUAAGUUAUAAUCAUCCAGAAGUUAUUGGUACUAUGUGUGCCGUUAUUAUUGUUUAUAAUGCUUUACAACGCUAUGUCUACGCUAUUAAUACUGCUGACACUACCUUGCAAUGGAUAGGAAAUAGUACAGAAUGCAAAUACUAUUUACCGCUACUGCAGGAUUUAGUAAGAUUAUCAUUUAAUGCUGGUUAUAACAAUGAAAAAUAUCAAAAAUUAUUAACUGUAGAAUUAAAAAAUAGAAAUAUGCUAACAAGUAAUAUAGCAUCCCUAUCAGAGCUAGUAUUCAACACGUUUCAAGAUUAG